AUGGCCGCGCGGGACUCGGGCAAGGCGGCGGGGGGAGGCGGAAAGGGGCGCGGGAAGAGCACGGGGGAGGGUGAGGGCGGCGAGGGGGAGUGGUGGCGGGAGCCGCUGUGGCAGGGCGCGAUGAUCGUGGGGGGCGCGGCGGUGGCGGUGGGGCUGGGAGUGAAGUACCUGAUGGAGGGGAAGGGGGAGGAAGGCGCGCAGACGCACAAGGGGAAAGGGAAGGUGAGGCGGGACGCAAGGGAUGAGGCGUGGAGGCAGUUCGCCGGUGGUGGUGGGGCUGUGAGUGAAGUACCUGAUGGGGGCGAAGGGGGAGGAAGGCGCGAAGGCACACAGGGGGAAAGGGAAGGUGAGGCUGGGACUCCUGUUAGAUCGCUGGUGGUGAGACGUGGAGCCAAGGUGAGGCGGCAUGUGCAGGCGCUAGUGGUGGAUCCGGACAUGACAGUCAAGGUGCACAAAGGGGACACGCUGUGGGGCCUGGCGCACAAGUACCAGGUGCCAGUGGAUGCGCUGCGCAGUGCGAACCCCGAGGUGCGUGGCGACCAGGUGCUGGCGGGGUCGCGCCUGUACAUUCCCAACGUCAUCAGCGACGAGGAGUUUGACGUGCGCGCUAAUGAGGAGUAG